AUACAAUUUGAUUUCAAUAGGUAUUCCAUCAUCUCCAGUGAUAGUCUCUACCACCAUCAUACCUGAAUUCAUAAUACUAAGACUUAGCACACUAUUUCCUGGUGACACUAGUAUUAGCUUUAUUGUUGAUAUCACUGAUUCAGAAUCUCUAAUAACCAGUGUAUCAGAUGAGUUCACUAACUAUCAGUCUAACAGUAUUGUUAGUAUUAAUAUUAGUAUACCUAAUGGUGGACUAGUAUCAAUAAGUACACUAGCAUUAAAUCAAUAUGGAGCAUCUAAUGAAACAAUGAUUGAAGGAUUCCUUAAUGUACCACCAAGUCCUAUUGUACCAACACCAAAAACUACAGUCGUUUAUACCAUUAGUACUCCAUCUGUUUCUAAUGAAGUUUCAAGUGGAUUAUCAGGUGGUUCUAUUGCUGGCAUAGCUAUCACUGGUGUAAUAGUAACAAUAAUUAUAAUCAUCAUGUUCUUUAUUAUUAUUAUACAGCAUUUGUACAUCAAAAAAGUUAAAUCUAAUACUGGAGAAGAAUUAAUAGUUUCUAAUAAAACUGAUGCAUCAACAAUUCCUUCAGUACCAAAUGAAGCAUAUGCAACAAUUGAUUCACUUGUUAAUGUACAAGAGAAUGUAUCUUAUUCUUCAUUACAACCAAAUCAACAAGAAUCAAUGAGUGGAUCUAGAACUACAGGCAGUACCACUGCAGUACCUGCAGUCUAUGAAACAAUUAGAAUUGAAAAUACAGCAACCAGUUAAUGUGCUAUAUGUGCUAUAUUUGGUUAUUGAGUUUAAAAUUAAGGUGAAUUUAUUUAUGGGGGAGGGUCAGGCCACUGUACCUAAAACAACUUCCUAUCAUAGCAUAGUUACAGUUUACAAGAUGUUGCUGCUCCUUUUUACUCUUAUUACAACUAUUUCAGCUACAGAUAAUGGGACUCGAAGUAUUUCCCUUCCAUCUGCUAACAUUCACCCUCCAGAUUCUUUCAUUCCUAUCAGCAGCCAGUCCAUUGAGCUAAACUGUACUGGGGUAGGGGUACUUCGAUGGUACAGAGGUUACAAUUUUGAUGCACCUCUUGACAAAUUGACCCAGCUUCUUGAAGAGGGUAUAUUGUCAUUAAAGAUUGACCUAACUAAAGAUGGAUAUAGUCAUGGCUCAGAUGACAGAAAUCGUGCUUAUUUUUGCACUGCUACUAAUACAUUUGGUGUGGCUAGAAGUAGAACAAUACAGACAGCAUAUUUUAAAGGUUUUGGUGAUAUUGAUAACACAACAGUCAUAGUUAGACUAGGGGAAGCAGUGGCUCUAUUCUGUAAUGUGACACAGCGACCUAUACCUACCAUUGUAUGGUAUAAGAAUGACACAAUUAUAGUAACUAAUACAGUCAAUGGAAAUCCAAAGUCUAUAUUGUUAGAUGAUGGACAGUAUUUAGUUAUAUAUAAUUUGGUUGAUGAUGAUGUAGCUGCUACAUAUAAAUGUGGUGUUACUAAUGUUGUUAAUCCACAGAAUUCAAGUCACAAGUAUACAUUGAAUAAAGUCAAUACAAUACCUGGUGGGUUUUUAGUAUAUCGUCCUCCAAUUGCCAAUCAGUUUGUUGCACCUCAUCAAAAUGUUUCAUUUUAUUACAUUGCUGCAACUAAUUCCAGUGAUGAUGGAAAUGGUACACUAGCUGCUGCUGCUGGAAAUAUUGUUAACUCUACAGCACAAGAUCAUUACUUACUUAGAGUAAGGCUCAACAAUGAAGGAACAUCAAGGUCUAGUCUUGUUUUGUUUUUGACUCAAAAUGGUAUUACAGUUGAUGGUUCUAUGUUAGAAGUAGCAUACACUGUUGUAGAGCCACUUACUGUCACACAACUUUCUAUGACAGUAAACUCUACAUUAUUUCAUCGAUUUGAAUCAGAAAGCAUCAUCUUUACUUGUGCAGCUACUGGCACUAAUAUUACAUUAAGGUGGUACUUCAAUGGACUACCAUUGAUUAAUGACAAGAAUACACUUGUACUAAGUGAUCUCACAGCAUCUAGUGCAGGAGUAUAUCAAUGUUUCUGGGAUGGAGUCUUUGAUACAGAUAAGGAGUCUAUCUCCUGGGCUCUGCAAGUAUUACCUAGUACUAGUCCUACCAGCAGAGCCUUGUCAAAUGAAGCUAUUAUUGGAAUAUUGUUUGCUGUUAAUCUGCUACUAAUAUUAGUGAUAGUGUCUAUGAUCAUUAUAUUCUUCAAAUUUAUCCGACAAGAUAAUAAUAAUAAUAAAUCUACUACUGGUACUACUAAUGAAGAAGAUGAGCCACAGUCAGUACAAAAUGAAGCAUAUGGUAUACAUAAUAAAUUUAUGAACCAAGAAUCUAUAAUCACAAAAGAUGAUUCUUAUGAGUCACUAUCCCCUCCUCUUCCUCCUCCUUCUCCUCCUGUAUAUUCAAAUGUAAUACAAGUCACAGAAACAUUGGUCUAACUGUUUUAUGAAUGUAACUACUUAUUUGUGUUCAG